AUGAAGGCUGUAGUCUUGGCCGAGAUAGGCGCUUCUCACGUUCUGAAGGUCGAGGAUGACCGCCUUGCGCCCGAACCCGCAGCCAACGAGGUCUGCGUGGAGAUUGAAUACGCUGGGAUAAACUUUGUGGACGUGUAUCAAAGGACCGGGCUCUACGCCCUCGAACUGCCGGCCGUGGCUGGCCGCGAAGGAGCCGGGGUCGUGCGCAAGGUGGGCGAUACCGCCGCUCAAGAGACCGACGUCAAGGUGGGAGACAAAGUCGCGGUCUUCGCCCAAGGGGCAUACGCGCAGUACGUGUGCGCGGAAGCCACCCACGUCUUGAAGCUGGGCCGGGACAUCUCGACGAAGCUGGGAGCCGCGAUGAUGCUCCAGGGACUGACGGCGUGGACGCUCGUCCGUGACGCACACGAGGUGCAAAGGGGAGAAUGGGUCCUCGUCCGGGCGGCGGCCGGAGGUACGGGAGGGCUCGUUUCACAAAUGGCAAAACACCUGGGUGCCCAAGUCAUCGGAACGGCAUCGACUCCCGGGAAGUGUUCGAUCGCGAAAGCCAACGGGUGCGACUUUGUCAUCAACCACGAGGAGACCAACGUCGAGGCCGAAGUUUUGAGGCUGACGGACCAACUCGGUUGCCAUGCCGUCUUCUCGGGGGUGGGACGAGCCACGUUCGGCGCCGAUCUCAACUGCACGCGACGGAAAGGGACCUUGGUGACGUACGGGAAUUCGAGCGGACCCAUCGAGGCAUUCCGGCCACUGCAGCUCAGUGGGAAGAACCUGAAGCUCGUCCGGCCGACCUUGGCGAAUUACAUCAAAGACCGUGGGGAGUUUGACCUCCGAAGUGCAGAACUGGUGAAUCUGGUGUCGACGGGGGCGGUCAAGGUCAACAUCGGCAAGGUGUACGGCAUGGACGAGGUUGGAAAGGCUCAAGAUGAGCUCUCACAAGGUCUCACCACGGGAAAAUUGCUGGUGAGGAUAUCGUGA